CUUCUAUAUAUGAUAUCCCCAAAUAACCACUGUUAGCCUCAAGCCCCAGCUUUUGACUUUCUGCCCAGGAUUGCUCAGAUUGACACCAGUCUGCUGUGACCUCCCCGUGAUAGGACCUCCCUCCCCACCCCCGACAUGAGUCUGCCAGUCAGCAGACAAGAUGCUUGGCCCCUUUGCUGUUACUUAUCACCCCUCUCGUCAAGGAAAGACAACCUAGAUUUUGGAAAGACUUAAGGAUGCCACGUUCGACAACAUGACUGCUCUUCCCAGAGGGAAGGCGCGGCGGGAGCACCCGGCCGGCUCAGUCCAGAGAGCCUGCAACUCUUGAUCUCAGGGUCAUGAGUUUGAGCCUGCGUUGGGUGUUGAGGGGACUUAAAGUUUUAAAAAGUGAAAGCCGCUCAGAGCCACGGGACAUCAGCAGAAAAUGUGAUGUUCUGAAUCGCGGAUUUUCAGGUUAUAAUACCCGAUGGGCCAAAAUCAUUCUUCCAAGAUUAAUCACGAAAGGGAACAGUCUGGACAGCCCAGCAGCAGUUACAAUUUUCUUUGGUGCCAAUGACAGUGCGCUGAAAGACGAGAACCCCAAGCAGCACGUCCCGCUGGCCGAGUACGUGGCGAACCUGCACACCAUGGUGCAACAGCUGUCUGCCGCCGGCGUGCCCGCGAGCCGCGUCGUCCUCGUCACGCCGCCCCCGCUCUGUGAGGCCGCGUGGGAGCAGGAGUGCCUGCUGCAGGGCUGCAAAUUAAAUCGUCUGAACUCGGUUGUUGGCGAAUACGCGGGCGCCUGCGUACAGGUAGCCCAGGACUGCGGGGUCGACGUGCUGGACCUGUGGACCCUGAUGCAGAAGGACACUCAGGACUUCUCAUCCUACCUGUCCGACGGGCUGCACUUGUCGCCAAAGGGAAAUGAGUUUCUGUUCUCUCACCUCUGGCCUCUCAUCGAGAAGAGAGUCUCCUGUUUGCCCUUGCUACUCCCGUACUGGCGGGACAUAGCGGAAGCCCGGCCGGAACAGAGUCUCCUGGGAGACGGGGACCAUUAGCCGCAGAAAAGCCAGUCUGCCUGGUGACUUACAGACGCGGACAGUGCCACAAAGAUCCCAGGAUGCGUGGUCAGAUCUGUGCUCGUGACCCUGGAACACGGAACCUCUGCCACCAAGAUCAAUAAAAGCCUUAGAAUUUUUAGGGAAGCUCUGCCCCUCGGUGUGCUGUGUUGUGACAGCUGCCUGAGGCAGUGUCCUCGGUGCCCAGCUACAGAAGCAACCCAGGGUCGCCUGCUAACUGUAUACAUGGAAAAAAAGUAAAGACAAGAUUUGUUUAAAAA